CAGUGUAUCCCUCGGGAUAAAAGUGUCCACACAGAGAGACAGAGACAGUCAGAGUGAACAGAGACAGAAGAACAGAAACACUUCAGAAGCUCCUCCUUCACACUGUUGAUAUGUUCCGGCUCAGGAUGACUUCCUGUUUGUUGUCCCUCCUCCUCCUUUCGGUCUUGUACAUCAUGGCUGCUGCUCAACCCGCCGGAUGCAAAAUCCGCAUCACUGACAAAGGACUGGACAUGUUGAAAUUUGAGACUCAGCGGUUUGUUGAAGAGGAGCUCGGCAACAUCAGUAUGCCAGAGAUGAUAGGGAAGGAAGGACGCUUCCAAUACACCAUCACUGAUGUGAAGAUAACGGAGCUGAAUCUGACUCACGCUGAUUUGAAGUUCGUCCCUGAAGUCGGAUUGUUAUUCGACGUUCAGAACUCAUCCAUCUCGCUGAGUUUCCACCGACGGAUCCUCUACUGGUUCUUUUAUGACACGGGAAACAUCAACGCAUCGGCUGAAGGAGUGAACAUCAACACAGUUCUGAGUCUGAUCAGAGACGAUGAAGGACGACUGAAGAUCAACAACGUCACCUGUGACGCCAAAAUCGACAAAAUGAGGGCAAAGUUCAGCGGAACGCUCGGGAAAGUUUACGACUUCCUGUCCAAAUUCCUGACAUCAGGCAUGCGCUUCCUCCUCAACCAGCAGAUCUGUCCGGCUCUGAACCACUCCGCUCUGGUUCAUGUGAACUCAAUGUUGGACACGAUCCCUGUGAGGACGGAGGUCGAUCAGUUUAUUGGGAUUGAUUAUUCUCUGAUCGAUGAUCCGGUAGUGACGUCCCGGAGCCUCGACAUGCACUUCAGGGGGAUGUUCUUCGACCUGUCUGAUCCAAACGAUACGUUGGCGAACUAUGCUGUCAACCCGGUGAUCAGAGAGUACGACCGGAUGGUUUAUCUCGCUCUGUCUGAGUUCUUCUUCGACAGCGGGAUGUAUGCUUACUACAGGGCAGGAAUCUUCCAGAUGGACAUCAUCAACGAGAAGAUGCCCAAAGAUAUGGAGAUGUUGUUGAGAACCACCUACUUUGGAACCCUCAUGAUGCUGUACCCGGCUCUGGUGGACGCUCCGCUCUCUCUGCAUCUCGCCGUCACAUCGCCUCCAAAAACAACCAUCAAGACGUCUGGAGCAACCGUCGGCAUGACAGCCAGCGUCAAGGUGAUGGUGCUGCCUCCGGGUCAGCCUCCGAUCCAGCUCAGCAGCAUGACCAUGGAAUCAAAGUUUAACGCUAAAGUCUCUAUGAAGGGAAAACGUCUGGCUGUUCAUGCUGACCUCCGCAGGUUUAAAAUCUUCUCCAAUCAAUCAGCACUGGAAUCUCUAGCAUUGAUUCCUCUGCAGGCUCCGCUAAAGGCGAUGCUGCAGAUGUCUGUGGUUCCUUUAAUUAACAACUGGACAAAGAAAGGAGUUCGGAUUCCUCUGGCUGAUGGAAUGGAUUUCAUUGAGGAGGUGGUUGAAUAUCACAACGGUUUCAUUGUGAUCGGAGCGAAUCUUCACUUCAGCAAAGGACUGAGAGAAAUGAUCACAGGCGGCAACAAUCAGACAGAGACAGACACCAACACCAUCUAAACAUAUCUGUGGAUUAGAGUGAAACCAGCAGAGGUGGAACAAGUGUUCAGAUCCUUUACUGAAGUAAAAGGAAUAAUACCCUCUGUGAAAAUACUCCCCUAUGUAAAAGUCCUGCAUUCGGAACCUUACUGAAGUAAAAGUAUUAUCAACACAAUGUUGUUUAAGUAAGUGAAAGAGUAUAUGUUGCAGUAAAGGUUUCCCGGUCAGUGUUUUUAUGUUCUGGUUCUAUAAUAUGGUAUAUGGUAUAAUAUUCCUGCUGCAUUAAUAUGCAUUUUACUGCUGUAGAUGUUUAAUGUUUUAACUCCUUUAUAUACUCCUCCUUUAUAUUUACAUACAAUGCAUAAUAUUCUAUAAGAUCAUACAUUUAUAUGUUACAGUGUAAACCAGUGUAAAUCAUUAAAAAAUAAAUAAUGUUAUUGUAAUCUCGUGUAAACAAGAGUAAUGACCAGCUUUAUCUCCCCAGCGCUGUGGAGUAAGUUCUGGAUACUCCACAGAUGCAAUAUAUCCAGCUCCAAAAAGCUCUGACAGUCUGAAGUUAGAUCGGAAGUACAGAGUGUGGUUUCUAUGGAGAUGAUACACCGUCUCGUCUGAUUGGUGGAAACUGGCAGCUUUAAGAAUGCUGCAGACCGUAGACCUGCAGGGAGACUAAAGUUCACACUCGUCUCGUCUGAAUCUUUGGUCUGAAGUGAGUUUAAACAUUAUCAUUAACGGAUUCUUGGAUCAUUGAAUGAAUCGAUCGAUGAAAAGCAUCAGGUUUGACUUCAGUCAGUCAGAUUAAAUAAGAAUUACAUCAUUUACUGAUCAGUGUGACAUUUUAUUCUCAUCAGGUAAAAAAUA